AAAUAGAAACAAUGAAGAAGGACGAGGGGAAACAUGAAGACCGGUUAUGACGUUUGUUUCCUGGAGCGCGCUGUCUACAGUGUCGUUGUAUCGGAGUAAUUCUUUUGUGGUUGUUGUGCAUUAAUUUAUUGAAGAUGUACGAUCAGGACGAAGAUAAUCAGUAUGAUGAAGACGAAGAUGAAAUCACUCCAGAUCUUUGGCAGGAAGCUUGUUGGAUCGUCAUCAGCUCAUAUUUUGAUGAGAAAGGUCUGGUGCGACAGCAGCUGGACUCAUUUGAUGAGUUUAUUCAGAUGUCAGUUCAGAGGAUUGUGGAAGAUGCUCCACCCAUUGACUUGCAGGCAGAAGCACAACACACAUCAGGGGAGGUGGAGGAACCGCCCCGUUACCUUUUGAAGUUUGAGCAGAUUUACCUGUCAAAGCCAACACACUGGGAAAGAGAUGGAGCCCCAUCUCCGAUGAUGCCCAAUGAAGCCCGACUACGAAACCUCACUUACUCUGCACCACUUUAUGUUGACAUCACCAAAACAAUAAUAAAGGAAGGCGAAGACCAGCUGCAGACGCAGCACCAGAAAACUUUCAUUGGAAAAAUUCCAAUCAUGCUUCGUUCCACGUACUGCCUACUGAGUGGCCUGACUGACAGAGACUUAUGUGAGCUUAACGAGUGUCCGCUGGACCCCGGAGGUUAUUUUAUUAUCAACGGCUCUGAGAAGGUGCUUAUUGCCCAAGAAAAGAUGGCAACAAAUACAGUUUAUGUCUUUGCCAAAAAAGACUCAAAGUAUGCGUACACGGCAGAAUGUCGGUCCUGUUUGGAGAAUUCAUCUCGACCCACCAGCACUAUUUGGGUCAGCAUGAUGGCCAGAGGAGGACAGGGAGUGAAGAAGAGCGCAAUCGGCCAGAGGAUUGUUUCCACGCUGCCGUACAUCAGACAGGAAGUCCCCAUCAUCAUUGUGUUUCGGGCACUUGGCUUUGUCUCAGACAGAGACAUUCUGGAACACAUCAUCUAUGAUUUCGAUGACCCUGAGAUGAUGGAGAUGGUUAAACCAUCUCUUGACGAAGCGUUUGUGAUUCAGGAGCAGAACGUAGCAUUAAACUUUAUCGGUUCCAGGGGAGCAAAACCUGGAGUUACAAAGGAGAGACGUAUAAAAUACGCCAAAGAGGUUUUGCAGAAAGAAAUGCUGCCACAUGUCGGAGUCAGUGACUUCUGUGAAACUAAGAAGGCAUAUUUCUUAGGCUACAUGGUCCACCGCUUGCUUCUAGCUGCACUCGGUAGACGAGAACUGGACGACAGAGAUCACUAUGGAAACAAGAGGCUGGACCUCGCCGGACCACUGUUGGCUUUCCUUUUCAGGGGCAUGUUCAAGAACCUGCUGAAGGAGAUCAGAAUCUACGCUCAGAAGUUCAUUGACAGAGGGAAAGACUUUAACCUGGAACUCGCCAUCAAAACCAGAAUCAUCUCUGAUGGACUCAAAUACUCCCUCGCCACCGGGAACUGGGGUGACGUAAAGAAGGCUCACCAGGCCCGAGCAGGAGUGUCACAGGUGUUGAACCGUCUGACGUUUGCGUCCACUUUAUCUCACCUGCGUCGAGUCAACUCUCCUAUCGGCAGAGAUGGAAAACUUGCAAAGCCUCGACAGUUGCACAACACCCUGUGGGGAAUGGUGUGUCCAGCCGAGACACCCGAGGGUCACGCCGUAGGUCUGGUGAAGAAUUUGGCGCUCAUGGCCUACAUCUCUGUAGGUUCUCAGCCUUCACCCAUCCUCGAGUUCUUGGAAGAGUGGAGUAUGGAGAACCUGGAGGAGAUCUCACCAGCUGCCAUCGCAGAUGCAACAAAGAUUUUUGUGAAUGGUUGCUGGGUCGGAAUCCACAAAGAUCCCGAGCAGCUGAUGAACACACUGCGUAAACUAAGGCGACAGAUGGACAUCAUCGUCUCUGAGGUGUCAAUGAUUCGAGACAUCAGAGAACGUGAGAUCAGAAUUUAUACGGACGCAGGACGAAUCUGUCGGCCUCUGCUGAUUGUUGAGAAACAGAAGUUGCUGCUGAAGAGAAGACACAUCGACCAGCUAAAGGAACGGGAGUACAACAACUACAGCUGGCAGGACCUGGUAGCGAGUGGAGUGGUUGAGUACAUUGAUACUUUGGAGGAGGAGACGGUGAUGCUUGCCAUGACCCCUGAUGACCUCCAGGAGAAGGGUGUGGCCUACUGUUCCACAUACACUCACUGUGAGAUUCAUCCAUCUAUGAUCCUAGGAGUGUGUGCUUCCAUCAUUCCCUUCCCUGACCAUAACCAGUCUCCCAGGAAUACGUACCAGUCUGCUAUGGGUAAACAGGCCAUGGGCGUUUACAUCACCAACUUCCAUGUUCGAAUGGACACACUGGCUCACGUCUUGUACUACCCCCAGAAACCACUGGUCACUACCCGAUCCAUGGAGUACCUUCGCUUUAGAGAGCUGCCUGCAGGCAUCAACUCCAUUGUGGCGAUUGCAUCGUACACUGGAUACAACCAGGAGGACUCUGUGAUCAUGAACAGGUCGGCUGUGGAUCGAGGUUUCUUCAGAUCGGUUUUCUAUCGGUCCUACAAAGAGCAGGAGUCAAAGAAAGGCUUUGAUCAGGAGGAGAUCUUUGAGAAGCCAACACGUGAAACCUGUCAGGGGAUGAGACACGCCAUAUAUGACAAACUGGAUGAUGACGGACUGAUUGCACCUGGAGUCCGUGUGUCAGGCGAGGACGUGAUCAUAGGUAAGACUGUGACGCUGCCUGAGAACGACGACGACCUCGACAGCACUAACCGGCGCUACACCAAGAGGGACUGCAGUACUUUCCUCAGAACUAGUGAAACUGGCAUCGUGGACCAAGUGAUGGUGACGCUAAAUCAGGAGGGCUACAAAUUCUGCAAGAUCAGAGUUCGUUCUGUUCGAAUUCCUCAAAUUGGAGACAAGUUCGCCAGUCGACACGGACAGAAAGGAACCUGUGGGAUUCAGUACAGACAGGAGGACAUGCCUUUCACUUGCGAGGGAAUUACACCAGACAUCAUCAUCAAUCCUCACGCCAUCCCAUCCAGAAUGACAGUCGGCCAUUUGAUCGAGUGUUUGCAGGGCAAGGUUUCUGCAAACAAAGGUGAGAUUGGAGACGCCACUCCUUUUAAUGACGCUGUCAACGUGCAGAAAGUUUCUAACUUGCUAGCUGAGUAUGGAUAUCACCUGAGAGGAAAUGAGGUUCUGUAUAAUGGCUUCACUGGGAGGAAGCUGACGUCACAGAUCUUCAUUGGUCCAACAUAUUAUCAGCGUCUCAAGCACAUGGUGGACGAUAAGAUCCACUCCCGAGCCAGGGGUCCAGUUCAGAUCCUGAACAGACAACCAAUGGAAGGACGUUCACGUGAUGGCGGUCUGCGUUUUGGUGAGAUGGAGCGUGACUGUCAAAUUGCUCACGGUGCUGCUCAGUUCCUCAGAGAGCGUCUCUUUGAGGCAUCGGAUCCUUAUCAAGUCCACGUGUGUAACCUGUGCGGACUGAUGGCCAUCGCCAAUACGAGGACACACACGUACGAGUGUCGAGGCUGCCGCAACAAGACACAGAUCUCGCUCAUCCGGAUGCCGUACGCCUGUAAACUCCUCUUCCAGGAACUAAUGUCAAUGAGCAUCGCCCCUCGGAUGAUGACAUCAUAGUCUUUUUCAGCCAAUAAGCUGGAUACGUCCUGACAUCAUCAGUGGAAAAUAAAAUUGUUUGUUUCAUCAAUUUCUUUUUAUAAAAGUAGAAUAAACAGCUUUUCUUUA